GGCAGAUCUGUGGUAAUGAGUUGAUCACAGUAGGACAGGUGGGGUUAAUGUGGAGUGUAGGACAAGAACACGGGUAAUCUUGCAAGAGAACUCAGCUUGGUGAAGCUCAUUGAAAGAGGAACUACAGUGCAGAUUGUGGAGAGAUGGCUACAGUUGGUAUCUAAAUGCAUCCAAGGGUUAUUUGACCAAACGGUGUGGACCUCAAAACACCUCUAACCGGCUGAAGAAAGGGCGUUCACUACAGCCUUGUCCUGCACCACUUCUAUCGAGAGACCUGAGUCCGAGCCAGCAACCAGUGUACAGCAUCCAGUUGAAGCUAUCGACCUCCUUUUCUCUCAUGCCUUUUCAAUCAGGUGUACAACAGAAGUCCACGUGGAGUGAGAAUGGAGAGAGAUCCGUUCCAAAACAUCUCAUGUUGCUGGUGUACUGGUUGGCAAAUGGACAUAGUAAGAGUUGAGUUGGGACUCAGGUGGAACAGGUUUGAGUUGCUGAAUACACCACCACUCACACACACAGCUACACACGUUGACAGAAGAGCUGAGAGACUCACCUGGAACAGAGGGGACCGACCGAAAGGAGCCCAAGGGGUACUUAAGGCUGCGUUGCUUUUGGACUACAGUUACCCUUGUUUGUCAACAUCAGGAAACUACUUUAACACGUGGAUGGACAUAUACAGACCGAGUGGAAAACAAAUGUUGAACAAUAAGGACAUUAUUAUUUUGAUGAAAUAUUUGUACAAAGGACAUCGAUGUUGAGCAAUUCAAAUGGACUUGACGCAAAACAAGGAAAUAAAAAUAUGUAAAUGUACGUUUGAACAAAGAUUAUAUUACAGAUGCUAUUCCCCCCGCUUCAAAUAGCAGUUCUAUUGCAGGAAUUAAACUAUUUGAUUCUUGUUCACAUAUAAUGUUCUAUAUUGUGUGCAGGUGCAGUAUAUUUAUGCAUUUGAAUGCAUAUAUCUCUUCAUUUGGGAGAGCUCUUGUAUAAAUACUAUUUUUUUUUCAUACGGCAGUAAACUCUGUUGAAGGGGACCGAACUGCACGUACAUAUAUGUAAAAACAACAAGACUUCUGUUGUAAAAGCUUUGGACAAAAAAACAAGAUAAUAUUUGUUAAUGCUUUAUUAGACUCAUUUACUUUUGAAGAGGCUUUUUAAGGGGGCAAAACUGAAAAUAUUAAUAUUUUGAGAAUAAAAGCGGAAAUGGCAGCUGCCAGAACAGAGAACCUUGGUCCUGUCGUCAUGGGACUGAACAAGCAGAACGGGCAGCUUAGGGGGCCGCCUAAACCGGCUUCUCCCCAAUCAGGACCCCUCGUCCUGGGCUCUCUGUCAGACGAGGCCACAGGUGCAUCCCAGAAAGCGGGUGCUGCCCAGGAGGGAACUGGGAUUAGGUUUGGAGAUGACUGGAAAAAGAGCUUACAGCUCCCUCCCAAAGACACCAGGGUCAGAACCUCUGAUGUAACGUCCACUAAGGGAAAUGAGUUUGAGGACUACUGUCUGAAACGGGAGCUCCUGAUGGGCAUCUUUGAGAUGGGCUGGGAGAAGCCCUCCCCUAUCCAGGAGGAGAGCAUUCCCAUAGCCCUGGCAGGACGAGACAUCCUGGCCAGAGCCAAGAAUGGAACAGGAAAGAGUGGGGCCUACCUCAUCCCCAUGCUGGAGAGAAUAGACCUGAAGAAGGACUAUAUACAGGCCAUUGUGAUGGUGCCCACUCGUGAGCUGGCCCUGCAGGUUAGCCAGAUCAGUAUCCAGAUCAGUAAGCACCUGGGCGGCGUGAAGGUCAUGGCCACCACGGGCGGCACCAACCUGCGAGAUGACAUCAUGCGCCUGGACGAGACUGUGCAUGUGGUCAUAGCCACACCCGGCAGGAUCCUAGACUUGAUAAAGAAGGGCGUUGCCAAAGUGGAUAGAGUCCAAAUGAUGGUGAUGGAUGAGGCAGACAAGCUGCUGUCUCAGGACUUUGUAGUGCUCAUCGAGGAUAUCAUCAGCUUCCUGGCCAAGGGCCGUCAGAUCCUACUCUACUCUGCCACCUUCCCCAUCAGCGUGCAGAAGUUCAUGGGCAAGCACCUGCAGAAGCCCUAUGAGAUCAACCUGAUGGAGGAACUGACUCUGAAGGGCAUCACCCAGUACUAUGCCUACGUCACUGAGAGACAAAAAGUCCACUGUCUCAACACACUCUUCUCGCGGCUGCAGAUCAAUCAGUCCAUUAUCUUCUGUAACUCCACCCAAAGAGUUGAGCUGCUGGCCAAGAAGAUCACCCAGCUGGGCUACUCCUGCUUCUACAUCCACGCCAAGAUGAUGCAGGAGUACAGAAAUCGUGUGUUCCACGACUUCAGAAAUGGACUCUGCAGAAAUCUUGUCUGCACCGAUCUGUUCACCAGAGGUAUUGACAUCCAAGCCGUCAACGUCGUCAUCAACUUCGACUUCCCCAAGAACGCCGAGACAUACCUGCAUCGCAUUGGAAGAUCAGGGAGGUUUGGUCACCUGGGCCUGGCCAUCAACCUGAUCACCUCUGAGGACCGCUUCAACCUGAAGUCCAUCGAGGACCAGCUGGUCACCGACAUCAAGCCCAUCCCUGGCAGCAUCGACAAGAACCUGUACGUGGCCGAGUUCCACACCGCCGGCCUAGACUGCGAGGUGGAGGAGGAGCUGAAGGAGACAGGCUGCCAACAGGAGGAGCCCUAGAACCCCUCAACUGGACAAUAGGACAUACCCAGCUUUUGCACAACAUUCAGGUCUUGCACACAGGCUUCAGGCACCUCUUCAACUUCUCUUUUCUCAACCUUCAAAACCUGGCACAUGGACGUUAAGGUCGAGUUGACUUUUUGCUGAUUUGUAUAUUCUGUUCUUAUUCCCCCUUGUUAUUUCAUGAAGAGCUGCCUGCAUUUUUAACAUUUAAAAUGGUUUAACCAUGUUGUUUUGCACCAAAGGUAGCUUGCCCAAUGCACACUGAAUGGGAUCAAUCAAUCCUUUUUUGGCUUAAAAGACAUGUAGGCUAAUGUUUUUUGGAUUGUAUCCUGGUAUUGCAAGGUAACAUAUCAGCUGAAAAACGUCAGAGAUAGGUGAGGAACAUUGUCUUUAAAAAAGUAAGAACCAUGCAAAAUAUUGAUCAAGUUGUACUGUUUCCAGCUGAAUAUGUCGUCCACUUUUAUGGCCAGCUUUGGAGGAGGACAGGUUUGUGUCAUCAAUGACAUGAGGCCUAUUGUUAACCGUAGCAACGACCACUAAGGGUAAAGAAAGCAUCAGAAUGUUGGAAAGCUCAUUCACUUACAUGCAUUUUUAGAUUGGAAUUAAGAUACUAUAUUUGUAGGUUUUAAACUUAUUAAUAAAUUCACAAAUGGUUGGAUAAUAAAUCCUUUGCUUACAGCACUACUAAUAUACAACUUCGACUUGAAUAACUUAUCUUCUGUACUACAUACACUGAGCGUACAAACCAUUGGCAACACCAUCCUAAUAUUGCGUUGCGCCCCAUUUUGCCCUCAGAACAGCCUCAAUUUGUCGGGUUUCGAAAGCGUUACACAGGUAUUCUGGCCCAUGUUGACUCCAAUGCUUCCUACAGUUGUGUCAAGUUGGCUGGUAGGUCCUUUGGGUGCUGGACCAUCCUUGAUACACACGGGAAACUGUUGAGUGAGACAAACCCGGCAGCAUUGCAGUUCUUCACACACUCAAACCGGCGCGCCUGGCACCUACUACCAUACCCCGUUCAAAGGCAAGUAAAUAUAUUGUCUUGUUCAUUCGCCCUCUGAAUGGCACACAUACACAAUUCAUGCAUCAAUUGUCUCAAAGCUUAAAAAUCCUUCUUUAACCCGUCUCCUCCCCUUCAUCUACACUGAUUGAAGGUGACAUCCAAUAAGGGAUUAUACAGUAGCUCUCACCUGGAUUUACCUGGUCAGUCUGUCAUGGAAAGAGCAGGUGUUCCUAAUGUUUUGUACACUCAGUGUAUAUAGUUAGCUGGGUUAUCAAAAUAAUGCCUGUAUUGGAAAAUAGCUACAUAGAUGAAUGGCUUUAGGUUGCUUAAAAGUGGUCAUGUUCAAAACGAGCAGCUUGAGUCAUGUACACUUUCAGAGGUGCAGUCAGUCCCGUCCGUAAAAUAAAUGUUUACGGUAGGUUAUUCAAACCUGAUUUGUUACCGAUGACAACUAGCUGGCUCAGGUCUUAGAAUUGCACACAAAGUAAUGUUUUUUUUUUUUUCACAAUAUUUCUGCUGAUUAAAAGUAACACUGCUUGUGCCUUGCCUCAGGCUACUGUAGCUAGAGUUACCUCGGUAUACAUGACAUGCAUGUCACGAGACAAAAUACAUUUUUUGUUUAUCUCAAAUUACGGAGAUGCAAAUGCCUGUGGUAGUGUUCCCACUCACACUAGAUAGAAAACCACCAAACGUAUAUUUUUACAGUGGUACACCACACCUUCAUUCAUGCAGUUGUAUUGAAUUACUAGUAUUUCACUGGCUUUGAUACGUAGCUUGAAAUUAGUGGUCAACGUUUGUUUUGUUUUUUAUUCAACAUAGAGGCCCACACAUCAGACAUCAACUCAGUUAUAGAUAUAAUUCAUUAUUAUAUGAAAAUAAAAACACUUUUAGCCAUUUAACACUAAAAUGAAUGCAUUUCAACAAGAGAUUCCUUUUUCUUUACCCUUUGUGGGCGGGACCAAAGCGGUUGCCAGGGACACAAGGCCCAAACGCGUUCACACGUUUAAACCGGUCUUCCUCCAUUGUAGAGGAGACAAGAUGGACUCUUUUAUAUUGGCUCAUUCACACUAGCCAUCUUGCCCGCUUACAUUCACAUGCCUUUUGUCACUCAAGUGCCUUAAUUACUCUCCCACGUGCUCUCUUAUCAGUUCAUCCAUCUGUCUUUCUCUCACACAACAGACGGAAUACAAACACAAUUAAGCUGAAUUGUAACAUUGGUUGAUUCAGAUAUAUGCAAGUAGAAUGUUCGUUGUGCACUGUCCUUCUAGGGAAACUUGUUCAUGUUCUAGAUGCUCUAUAAUCAAGGCUCAAACUCUGACUGACAUCAUCUAGAAUGCCAAAGUACAUUUAAUGUAAACUUUGCAAUAAAAAAGGGCAGCUUUUACUUAGACGCAACGUGACUGUCACUAUGAAUAAUCAAUCAUGUGAAUAAGUUAUAAAUAUGAUAUAAGACUACUUAAAGAAGAUAAGACUGGGCCCAUUGUAAAAACUGUGGAUGGUAACCUACAAUCAAGCUAAUAUAGCACCGGACAAAAAUAUAUAUAAACGAUCUCAGACCAGUAUAGGAGCAGUUCAUGAAAACACAGUAGCAUCCAAUUACUGAGCUUGUGCAGCAUUUUACUAGUAAAACUAUUUUCUGAGCUUUCAUACUUAUGUUGCGGUGGUGAUGUGAUUAUGGGUCAAAAUAUCACCCUAUUCCCUAUAAAGUGCACUACUUUUGACCAGGACCCAUAAAGUAGUGCACUACUUUUGACCAGGACCUGUAAAGUAGUGCACUACUUUUGAUCAGGGCCCCAUAAAGUAGUGCACUACUUUUGACCAGGACCCAUAAAGUAGUGCACUACUUUUGACCAGGCCCCAUAAAGUAGUGCACUACUUUUAACCAGGACCCAUAAAGUAGUGCACUAUAUAGGAAAUAGGCCCAUAUGUCUGCAGCUAUGGAAAGAACAGGUAGAAUUUACAAUCUAUUCAGUCAUAUGCAUCCAAUUUCUGAAAGACGCACAAGGUGUUGUUGGAGAUUACGAUCAGCAUGGGAUCUUGUUUUUUUAACCACUGUCUCUUUCACAUAUGAGCCCUGCAUGAACACCUCAAUAAACAACAAUUACACUAUAAAUAUCUAUAUACACAUUUAUUACACAUUACAUGAAAAACAAACACAAGGAAACAAAACACAUUAUUCAGUAAAAAAAGCCCUCUAACAUUGGCCUGAAUUGAGGCAAUCUUGACGUUUUCUUUGUACAAAACAACAUGGUUCAGCAUAUUUUUAAGACCUGCUUUUUCUUCCUCAAUGUGAGGGUCAUAUAAUAUGUUUUUUAGAGGCAGACAUUUAAUGUUGGUACAGUUUUGUGAGUAUGUCCUUCGGUUUAGGGUCUAAUUUGAAUCAAUCUAAAUGACUGAAAUGUAAAAAUGUCAUCUCCAAAGUGUUGUGAAUGUAUUAAUUGCCAAUAUGUACUGUGCAGCCAAAUGGUACAUGCAGCCCAUUGGCACAAAAUAUAGUAUAUUUAGACUGAAAACUAGGUAACAAGAAACCAAGCUUUUAUUUUAGAAACCUCAGAGCUCUUGGGUGAUGUUCCUCAGCCUGGCUCCAAGAAAGAAGGGCGGGUAUUUUGAUAUGAUACAUACAGAGCAGAGAACUUGGCAGAACUCUCAUUUGUUAUCUCUGCUAUUCAUUAGGUUGGGAACACCCUGAGGUUUUUU